GCGGACAUUGUUGUUUACGGGUUGCCGGGGUGAAGCAGCUUUUUCACUGCAGGGUUUAUGGUUUCUGUUUUACUGAAAUAGUCCUUUAAUUUUAGAUAAACAGACUGAAUUAAGUCUACUGCUCUUUUAUUAGAGGACUGUAUUUUGUUUAUCAUCAUGUCUGAUGAGUGUGAACAGUCUGAGCUUCUAAAAAUCUCCUACAUUUUUCCAAAUGGAGACACGUAUGAGGGGGAGUGCUGUCAUACCCCUGAAGGAGUGAUGAUGAGACAAGGUACUGGCACACAGAUCUCAUCUUCUGGGACAACAUAUUCCGGAGAGUGGAGCAAUGAUAAGAUGAAUGGCAGGGGGACUCUUUCUCAUCCUUCUGGGGCUGUGUAUGAAGGCCAGUUCAGGGAGAACAUGUACCACGGCAGGGGAACGUACUCCUUCCCUGAUGGAACCACAUACUCUGGAAACUUCAAUAACAACAGAUUUGAGGGUGAGGGAGAGUUCACAGAUGCAGAAGGACACGUGUGGGCAGGAAGCUUCCACAGAAAAGCAGCGCCGGGACUCAAACUCAAACUCAAUAUGUAACACACAGAUACUGAAUGUGCCUGUUGAACACAGGGCCUUAACGCAGCGAGUUGAUUUUGUUUUCCAGUGGCUGAGCGUUCUCUGAUUAACAAGUAAGUGUGUGUUCUUCUCAUAACAGAACGCUCAUUGUCUAUCCUGAAAAAAAGGGUAUUUUUUAAUCUUUUUAUUUUUUUAUCAAUAAGUGGGCAUGUCUGAAUCUGAAGGAGAUUUUUGAAAAACCUUACAGGGCUGUUCUUACCCUGAGACUAGAACCGAACAUGAGCGAAGAAUAAUUUAAAAAAAAGUUUUUGUGAAGAGUUACAACAAACUGAUAGUAUUAACAUUAAAACCUUACUGGUAGACAAAUUCUGUCCAAUUAUAUUACAUAUAAAGUAUUUACUUACUUUAAGAGGAUUAGCCUUAACCUAAUUAUCCUAGUUAAAGGGCACAUAUAGAGGAAAAAGAAACGUGAGAAAAGCUGAGCCGAGAUCUUAGAUGCUCAGAAUUCUUACAUUGCAAUGAUUAGCUAAUUAUUUCACACUAUUUGUGUACAGCUCAAUGUCAUUAUUCUGGGAUAUUCUACAAAUAUCUGUGCUUAGCGGCAAGCACACCUGUUUGUAAUCUAGUCUGUUAAUAUGUGUUCGUAUAUGCUUUUAUGCUAUAUAUAUUUUUUUAACAUUGCACUUGGCAACGUAUUGCCAAGUUAUCCGCUACAUACUGAAUGCUUUAUCUCUGGUGUUUUUUCUGCUUGUUACCAAUCUCUGUCUGUUCACUGUUUCUAUUUGUUAGCUUUGCUCCAUAUUGGAUUUGUUGUUUGGUAUGACUACUUUUCUGAUUUUGUAUCCCAGCUUGUCUGUUUUAGUUGCCUUAGCUCUGUUAUUUAGUGUAACGUCUGGUUAUCUUUGCACCCCUGCAUUUAUUAAAGUAUUUAUUAAACUGAUUUAUCCCUUUUA